AUGGCAUCGAUUUUAAGUUCAGUUAGAAAUAAACGUUCGGUGUCGCCUGUCGUCCAACGUUUAUUAGAAUUAUGUGUGCAUUAUCAACAACAACAGCAGGAUAACCAAAAUCAUGCAUCGUCGUCAAAUGCAAAUGUGCAGGAGAUGAACAAAAUCGCCGAGAAGAAGAUUAAAGCAUUAGUAAAGCAAGUAAACAAAUCGAAGAAACAGGGUUCAAUCGAAGAACUUGAAAACGCUAUUUUGCAUAAAGAUCCAAGAACAAGGUGUAUAACAAUCCCAAAUUCAUCGAAUGCUACUGAGGACGGAUCAUCACGAUCAAAUCCGGUCGUUGAAUACUGUCGUCUUUGGCGCUGGCGUAAUUUAACCAAUCAAAAUGAACUCAAACCGGUCGAUUACUGCCCAAAUGCGGUUCAUUAUGGUCAACCUAAUAUUUGCGUUAAUCCCUAUCAUUAUGAACGCGUGCCAACAUCGUACUCGGUUUAUGUUCCAAUUCUACCGCCAUAUGCUAUGCCUAGUCUAACAGACAUACGUUCGGAAUCUAUGAAGGAUAACAUACCACCUCAAAUUCCUCAAAACACAACAUACGAAGCACCAUUUCAACAAAUACCAGUGUCACCAUCUUUAUCGCCUGAAAGUAUUGCCUCACAAGAUUCGUAUCUCUCACCGUGCGACACGAUGAACAGUGAGGACAAUGCUCAACAAAUGGCAACACCGAUGGAUUUAGAUGAUAUUACACCCGUGCCAUCAAAUCCAUCACAAGAACCAAAUAGAAUCGGUGAACGCGUUCCAUUUGAAGAGCCACAUGAAUGGUGUCAUAUAUCUUAUUAUGAGAUGUCUACUCGCGUCGGUGAACAAUAUCGUGCAAGCCAAUCUCAAGUGAUCAUCGAUGGUUUUACAGAUCCAUCAAGUGCUGAACGAUUUUGUUUGGGUGGCUUAACAAAUGUUCACCGAACAACGGAAAUCGAUAAGGCUCGACGAUAUAUUGGUCGAGGUGUAAAACUGUUCCACAUUCGUGGAAGUGUAUUUGCCGAGUGUCUAUCGGCUAAUCCAGUCUUUGUUCAAAGUCCGAUUACAAAUAAAAGACUUUCAUGGCAUCCAGCAACUGUCUGCAAAAUUCCACCAAAUGUCCGUCUGAAAAUUUUCGAUAGUGAUGAUUUCACUCAAGUCUUAGCUAGUGCUGUUAAUGAAGGUUAUAAAUCUGUCUACCAACUUAUGCGAAUGUGUAUCAUUCGGAUGAGUUUCGUGAAAGGUUGGGGUGUCGAUUACGGACGGCAGACAGUUACAUGUACACCGUGUUGGAUAGAGAUACACUUGGAUGGCCCAUUGAAAUGGCUCGAUUCAGUUCUUUCGACAAUGCGUGGUCCAACGGACUCGAUCACUAGUGUUUCAUAA